AUGAACAAUCUGACUCCUCGUCCUCACUUUCAAUAUUCUGCAACAAACAGCUCUGCACCUUCAUUGCCUAUCAGUAGACAGUCGAGUCCUUUGCCUCACGAAACUUCCAAGACACCACCUGGUACUCGAACCAGUUCAGUCACCAACUUAUCUUUGAACAGUGACCAAUUAUUAGACCAUUCUCAUUUGAAACCCGGCGCAAAAGCUUCAUUAUUAUCGUAUAAUCAGACCAUCAACAUGUACAGAGAGAACGCAAAAAAGACAAAUAGUCCUGAUAUUCAAUGUGAUUUUGCUAUUUUUAUGGUGGAAGCUGCUAAGCCAAUUCAAGACGAUGAUACCACUCGUUGGGAAUACUUGGCAGAGGCAGAGAAACUACUGAAACAAUUGGCUGCUCGUGGCCAUGCUGAAUCACAGUACUAUCUAGGUAAUUUGUAUGCUUCUGGUCUAUUAAGCAAAAAAGGCAAAAACGAAUUUGAUAAAGCGUUUCCGUUAUUUGUACAAGCAACAAAACAUCAUCAUGCUGAUGCUGCUUAUCGUGCUGCUAAAUGUUAUGAAGAUGGUCUAGGUUGUAGAAGAGAUUAUGCUAAAGCAGUUCAGUUCUAUAGAAAAGCUGCUACUUUAAAUCAUCCCGGUUCCAUGUAUAGACUCGGAGUGGCUGAAGUUAAUGGCGAAUUAGGCAUCUCAAAAAACCCCAGAGACGGUGUCAAAUGGCUGAAACGAUCGGCAGAAGCAGCUACUCCCGAAUACCCACAUGCUAUUCACGAACUCGCCUUACUGCAUGAGAGAGGUAUUCCUAAUGUUGUGUUUGUCGAUCUUUCUUAUGCCGUCUCGUUAUAUGCUCAAGCUGCUGAACUUGGGUAUGCGCCUUCUGCUUUUCGUUUAGGUGAAUGUUAUGAAUACGGCAAAUUAGAAUGUAAUCCUGACCCAGCCAUGUCAAUCCACUUUUAUACAAUAGCAGCUCAGCAAGGUCACCGAGAAGCCUGUUUUGCAUUGACAGCUUGGUACCUUGUGGGAUCUCCUCAAGUGCUACCUCAGUCGGAUGAAGAUGCUUAUUUGUGGGCUAAGCGUGCUGCUGAGAAGGAACUGCCUAAAGCUGAAUACGCUGUGGGUUAUUUUACCGAAGUCGGUAUUGGUGUACCCAAGAACCCCAAUGAAGCCAUGGAAUGGUACAAAAAAGCAGCUGAGCAUGGUGAUAAGCGAGCUAUCCAACGUCUACAAGGGAAAGGUGUCGAACAGAAAUCAAAAAAGAAGAAUGGCUCUCAAGACGACUGUAUUAUCAUGUAA